AUGGCCGAAUCGCUCAGUAAAGCUUCACCAGACAGACUGGAACAUCAUCGAGAGUUUCGACAUCAUGGAGAUCUAGUGGUUUUCGGGUUUCAGCGUCUGCGAAGGAAAUAUCAUCCAACAACGGCCGAGCGUCCUGGCUCACCGUACGUCGAACACGCUCUCUCGGCUCUCUCGAUUGACAAAGUCACAACGCAGAAAGCGCUCGCGAAUCAGCUGCAAUCUAGCAUUCUGCCUCCUCUGGAAGAACACAUCACCUCUCUAUUGUUGGCACUAGACGUCUCCAGAUUACGAAAUGAACCUGGACCAAAUCUCAGUCUCGUCUUACAGAUCCAAGCGGACCUUAAUUACCGUUUGGAUCAAAUUAAAUAUCUCAUUGCCACCCUAUAUCCAGAACCUACAUCCGUGCCGAAUCGAACCGAUGACCAUGAUCUUGAAGAAUUCAAAGCAUAUAGACUUAGUCACCAGAAAAUCAACUCUGAAGGGAUGCUGGCCUUGUGCAUGUGUGGUAUAUUUGACGCGGCAAAUGAACUCAUCAAACAGAUGAACCUUUCAUCAACUCCAUCCGUGGCCGGUGGCGAUACAUGUUCUCUUGAAAAAACCUUUCAUGUGUCUGUUUGUUAUGCGUUCGCUACGAUCGAGGUGAUGUCAGAUUGUUUCCAAGUAUCUGAGCUUGCGCUGGUCCAGAAUUCAUGGAGAGGUGGAAGAACUUCCAUAAGAGCCACCCUGCAGUCUACCAUCGAGAAGCUCACUCCAUCCUUCAAUCCAACAAACGUCGAAAACCAGUCGCAGCCUCCCCCCAAAUUCAUCGGCGCGAAGGAGAGGCUGCUCGCACCCCCCGAGCACGGGAGGCCCGAGGGAUUGUACAGCUCGAAGCCGCCCCCGCCGCGCCAGUACCCCGCUGCGGGAGGAUGCACCUCGAGGCUUGUGGACUGUGAAGGGGACGAUCCACGAAGUACUGGGGAAGAACUCUAA